UAAUUGUGGGGCACCUUUUUGGAAUAGCUGAAACCAUUCUUCCGAUAAAACAGAUGUGAUCCAAAAGUAGUUUCUUUAGGCAGACAGGCCUAGCUGGGUGAAAAAUUGUGGUGUUCCCUUUUGUCCCUACAGGGUGCCUUCUCCCAUAUCCCACAUGACAUUUCCUUAGAGGAAAAAGGGUGCUACCUCUGCCACUCCCUUUUCCACAUCAGGAAACCUGUAGGACAGGGGUUGGCAACCUUUCAGAAGUGGUCAAAAUUUACCUGGCUGAUUCAUAUUCGCUUUGUCUUAACCAUGCUAUAGAGGAAUAAACAUGAUGCCAAACAGAGGUAACCUCUCUUCCUUCCAGAGCAUUGCAUCAGAUUCCAGUAAGAUUAUGGCAGAAUACAGCCACAUACAAAACCAGCUGGAAUUACAAAAUACUAGUUUAGGAAAAAGCUCUGUAAUUAAUUCCUUUGAAAAUGAUCUCCAGGAUAUUAUGGAUAGCCUCAACCAGAAGAAAUAUUCAUCAAGCCUUAAAUUUAAAACAAAUGGGGACUCCUCUGGUUCCUAUUUAACCCUAUCACAACCUGUGCCAGCUAAACCCAGCCCUUCAUCUAGUGUUAAAAAUAUACAACCCGCUACCAAAAUUCAAGGAUGUAAACCCUUUUCUUGUGAGAGCCCUUAUCUUUCAGAUAAAAGUGUCUCUGUAAAGCAUAUGGGUUUCACUUCUCCAUCCUCUAGUGGGUACAGCCUGGGAAGGACAGACUUCGAUAUUCAUGCCAACAGAGAAAAUGAAAAACUCUUUGGACAUGUGGAUAAGUUUCACUAUUCAAAAUAUAGUCAAAAAAAUAAAUCGUAUGACAAUGUCUUCUUGCCAGCAGUGCUGGAUGGGAAGAAGAACUCAGGCUCUCUUCUUGCAAUGUGGAAUGGAAGCUCAGGUAGUGAAAUAAUUCUCUCACCUGUUAGCAGUUCAGGGGCUGCAAGCAUGCCUUCCAGCCCAAAACAAGGCAGGAGGAUGAAUAUUCAAGACCACCUAACCCUUCAUUCAAGACCAGUUAAGCAUAAAGAGACCAUGACUGAGACUCUGGGUUCAAGAACUAGGAAGUAUUCUGGUGGGUCACUGGGUCAUAUGGGAGUUUAUAGUCGUUCUCUGCCCAGACUGUAUAAAUCGACAGAAAGCCAGCUGAUGCCAUUAAGUUUGCCUCCAAGAAACUCUGUUGGUAAUUCCAAAAGAAAAAAACACGGAGAAAAAGAUCUACCUCAAAGUGCAUUAGAUGCUGAUAAUUACCUUAAUUUUUCUUCUUGCAGCUCAGGGGUGUCACCAUAUACAAAUUCUGUGUCUGACAGUAAUUCUUAUGUUAGUUCAACUCUUAGUGUUCCUGCAAGCCCCCGAAUAGCUAGAAAAAUGCUUUUAGCAUCUUCCUUCUCCCAUGUUUCUGAUGAUUUUGAUAGAUUUGGACUCUCAGGGACAAACCCCAGUAAUUCUUUUUCCCCUGUGGAUCUUGACAGAACAUUCUCUGUCAGAAGAAACAUUUCCACUAGUUCCAUGGAGUUUGAUGAAUCUGACCUGGAAAGCUUCAGACAGACACCUACCUUACGGGAGAGAAAAAACAGUAUUAGUUCAAUUUCUGGAAGAGAUGACCUAAUGGACUAUCACAGGAGACAAAGGGAAGAGAGGCUUAGAGAGCAGGAGAUGGAACGACUGGAGCGACAGCGGCUGGAGACCAUCCUCAAUUUAUGUGCUGAAUAUUCCAAGUCUGAUAGCGAUCCUGCUGCUGCUACCACUGUUGCUGAUGUUCAAAAAAUUAAUAAAGAACUUGAAAAACUUCAGCUGUCAGAUGAAGAUUCUGUAUUUGAAGAUUCUCAAAUGAAUCCAGAAACAAGAUUUAGAAACCACUUGAAAUCAUCAGCAAGUGAUUCUGAUUUCUCAGAGUGUAGUAAUCUCAAUCGAAGUGCUGCCACUUUACUUUCCUCUAGAGGGAUUAGAGCUGAUGAACACUUCAGUGACAAUAUGAAGACUCCAGCUUUAGCUUCUUCUGCCUUCUUGAAGGGUUCCAAUGAGUCUUCGUACCUAAGUAUCAUACCCAAGACACCAGAAUGCACAAGUGAUGAGCAAAGAGGGCAGGAGCUUGGUCGGCUGGAGGAAGAACACAUAACAAUACUAAAUAACUUAGAGGAACUUGAACAGAAGAUCAAAGAGUUAAAUGACCAGAUGGAUGAAUCUUCAAGAGAGCUGGAUAUGGAAUGUGCUCUUUUGGAUGGGGAACAGAAAUCUGAAACAACUGAACUUCUGAAAGAGAAGGAAAUAUUGGACCAUCUGAACAGGAAAAUAGCUGAGCUGGAGAGAAAUGUUAUUGGUGAAAAGACAAAGGAAAAAAUAAAGCUUGAUGCUGAAAGGGAAAAACUAGAGAGGCUUCAGGAGCUUUACUCCGAACAGAAGACCCAGCUUGAUAAUUGCCCUGAAUCCAUGAGGGAACAGUUACAGCAGCAGCUGAAGAGGGAUGCUGAUCUGUUGGAUGUAGAAAGCAAACACUUUGAAGAUCUAGAGUUUCAGCAACUUGAACAUGAGAGCAGGUUAGAUGAGGAGAAAGAGAACCUGACACAGCAGCUCCUGCGUGAAGUAGCUGAAUAUCAGCGCAGCAUUGUCAGUAGAAAGGAGAAGAUUUCUGCUCUCAAAAAGCAAGCCAAUCAUAUCGUCCAGCAGUCGCAGAGGGAACAAGAUCAUUUUGUAAAAGAGAAGAAUAACUUAAUAAUGAUGCUGCAAAGAGAAAAAGAGAAUCUUUGUAAUCUGGAAAAGAAAUACUCUGGACUUUCUGGAGGAAAAGGAUUUCCUGUCAGUCCUAGCAGUCUAAAAGAGGGUUAUAUCAGUGUAAGUGAAAUUAGUGAGCUGUAUGGCAAUUCCAUGAAUAGAUCCCCUUCCACUCAGCCCCCCACAGAUGCUGACGCUGUUGUCACUGAGCCUUCCACGGCUGUGCUGGCGAGCCAGCCACAAAAUAAAGAGCUAAGAUCAUCUCUCUGUUCUGGAUUUGUGUUUCCUCACUCUCUUUCUCCUCGCUCUAUUGCUCAACUUCCAUCAGUCCAUUGGCCUGAGGUCAUGGUUACACAUGUAGAUCCUUUUCCUUUAUCUGAUACACCUCCUCCUCUCCCAGCUAAGAAACACCGCAGGCAACAACAGCACUUUAGAAAUCUGGAAGAAAGAAAGAAACAGCACAAGGAGGGCACGUAUUUGAGUGAUACUCUACCCCGCAAGAAAACCACUCCUUCUGUAUCGCCACACUUCAGUAGCGCUACUCUCGGACGAAAUGUUACUCCUAAAGGUCAUUUACCACUAGGACAGAGCAACAGCUGUGGCAGUGUACUACCUCACUGUCUGGCAACCAUAACCAAAGAGUCCGAAUCAAGAAGAAUGCAUAAAGGAAAAUCCAAAAAAGGAGCAAUUAAUCAUUCCAAAGGUACAAGUAUUAAAGGGUAUAAUCAUCAACACAUAUGUGAAGAACAAAGGCAGAAAUCUCCUGAAUUCUACAGCAGAACUGCAUCUGAAUCUAACGUGUAUCUGAAUAGUUUCCAUUAUCCUGAUCAUAGCUACAAGGACUAUGCAUUUGAUACAUUAAGCUUAGACAGUUCUGACAGUAUGGAGACCAGCAUAUCUGCGUGCUCCCCUGAUAAUAUUUCCAGUGCCAGCACUUCAAAUGUUGCCAGAAUAGAAGAGAUGGAGAGACUUCUGAAACAAGCUCAUGCUGAAAAGACACGACUGCUUGAAUUCAGGGAACGGGAAAUGGAAGCCAAAAAACGAGCCCUGGAAGAAGAAAAGCGUCGCAGAGAGCAACUAGAAAAAAGAUUACAAGAAGAAACUAGCCAGCGGCAAAAAUUAAUUGAAAAGGAAGUCAAGAUACGUGAGAAACAAAGAGCACAGGCCCGCCCCUUGACUCGCUACUUGCCAAUCAGAAAGGAAGACUUCGACCUACGAGGUCACAUCGAAACAGCUGGUCACAACAUAGAGACCUGUUACCACAUCUCACUCACGGAGAAGACCUGUCGAGGCUUUCUGAUUAAAAUGGGCGGGAAAAUUAAAACAUGGAAAAAACGGUGGUUUGUUUUUGAUAGAAGCAAGAGAACAUUUUCUUAUUAUGCAGACAAGCAUGAAACUAAAUUAAAAGGAGUAAUAUAUUUCCAAGCCAUUGAAGAAGUCUAUUAUGAUCAUCUAAAGAAUGCAUAUAAGAGUCCUAACCCAUUACUCACUUUCAGUGUUAAGACUCAUGACCGAAUAUAUUACAUGGUUGCUCCAACGCCAGAAGCCAUGCGGAUAUGGAUGGAUGUUAUAGUUACAGGAGCAGAAGGCUACACCCACUUCAUGUUAUAAUAAAAUGGUGCAAGAGUUCAUUCACAAGGCAUAUUGCAAUAAUCCUAUACAUGAAUUUAGCCAUAUGCAAGUGAAUUUGAAAAGCCAUAUACAAUAUUGAUAACUGUCACAAGUAUUCUCCCUAUGAUGUGCACACAAACUCUCAAAAUCAAAAGAUUUUAUACACACGAGUGAAAGUAAGAUUAUUUGCUUCUUUUAGUUGAUCAUUAUAAUAGCAAAAGAACUAAAGCUACUGAAAGUGUCAUAGUGUUCUAUCAUGAGUAAUCAAGUCAACUUAAGUAUGGUAUAUUGAUUCAAUAGUAAUUUCUUACAAAUUCUAUAUAGAAGAUGUCUUCAUAAAUACAAACUAAACAGUUUACAGAAUUGUUUGUGUGUGCUCAUUGGUAUGCAAACAUUUUAGUAACGGAACAGAACAGUAUAAUAGCAUAUAUUUUUAAUAUGCAGUAUUUGACAUUUAUAGGUAAAUAGAUGGCUUUUUAAAAUUUGUACUUAUAUGUAUUUUAUAAAAAAAUAUAUAUAUAUGAAAAAACCCAAACACACCAGCCUACAAUACAUGUAGUUCUUGUCUUAGUAUUUUAAAAUACUACAGAGCCAAAGAUUUACAUGAUUCCUGUAUAAGAAUGAACUCAAAUUGUGAGCUGCGCUUUAGCUUUGUGUAAUGGAACAAUGCCAAAAUUCUUCCUAAAUUUUAAUAUAAUUCAAUUGUUACAGUAUUCUGUACAUUUAAAUUACCAGUUGCAUAAACUGUAUGUGUCAAGUCAUUUACGUAAAGCACAACAAAGAAGCAAUAGCUUCACAAAGAUGGUCUCUCUCACAAGGUAAAACUGAAUGGAGACAAGAGUAUCUAACUUAACUUUGCCAUAAGUUUUCUGCAAUCUCUCUGCAGGAGGCAUUGAACUGAUUCUCUGGCUGGUUCCUGUAGCAAUUUCUGUUGUAUGGAGUUCAGUCUUGCCAUAGAUAUGAUUCUAGUCUAAAGCUAACGUGCUGAAAUCAAUGGGUAAAAUCUUUGCCCAAUUGAAGUCUGCAUGAAAACUCCCAUUGACCUCAGCCAGUGAGACUGUUCAAAGUAUACACUGGCCUAGAAUUUCACCGUAUGAUAGGGUAGAGCACAAAGAAAGGCAAGUUGUGAGAACGCAUACUAAAACAGUAUUAUAAAUAAAAACUUUUAAGUAGCAAACAUGGCAAAGACCUAUUUUUUCAUGUAUGCUCCUUGUAAAUGUUCUCCCUUUUAAAAACUGCUUUCUAGCCCUUGACGAUUAUAUAAAAAUAAAUUAUUAUUGAAUAAAACCUGGACUUCAGGCAAAUCUUCAAAUAGUUCCUUAUUUUAGUAUUCUGGAGUUGUAAGAGCCAUAUUGUUCAUUUAAUUAAAGAAAUCACACUAAAAGCAAAGAAGAAAGUGGCUUUUGAUUAAACCUGGGGUAGCCAACCUGUGGCUCCUGAGAAGUUAACAAGCGGCUCCUUGUAUAGGCACCAACUCCAUGGCUGGAGCUACAGGUGGCGGGGGGAUGCUCACUGCUCAACCCCUGGCUCUUCCACAGGCCCUGC